AUGACGCAAUAUGAUAUAGUAGGCGCUAUAAAAAUAAAAGACGGAUUGUAUUUAGGGGAUGAAUAUGCAGCUUAAGAUUUAGAAUUUAUAAUAACAAAUAAAGUUACAUAGAUAAUAAAUUGUUCUGCAAAACAAAUACCAAAUCACUGGGAAAAUUUUGAUGUUACCUAUUUAUCAUAUGAUUGGUAAGAUUCGGAUAAUUAAAUAAUAUUUGAUGACAAAGAUUAAGUAGUUAAUAUAACAUACAAUUUAAUUGAAAAAACAUUAGAAAAAGCCGAAAGUAUACUAGUUCAUUCUGAAAAAGGUUAGAAUAGAUCAGUUUGUAUAAUUACGGCUUAUUUAAUGAAAAAAUAUAGGUGGGGAUUAUAUAAAACACUUGAAUUUUUACAUUCUAGGCGUUAAGAUUUAGAAGUAAAGGCAUAUUUUUUUAAUUAACUUUUAACAUUAGAGAAUAAACUUAAGAAAUAAGGAGUUGGUCCAAGAAGUUAUAAUUGGAAUGAGUUAUCAGAUAGAAAUGAUUAAGAGGAAAUUUUAUUAAAGAAUACUUUUUUAAAUAGUAAAUUAAAAUAAAUAGAGGAAGAGGAUAUGAAAAAAGAUUUCGAAAAAGAUAUUGGUUUUUGUUAAAAAAAUGAAGUUAUUUAAGAUUUUGAUUUAGAUUCUUUUAAUAUUGAAAAUGAAUAAUUAUAAUAAAAUGUUAAUAAAAAUAAAUAAGAAGGAGUUUCUUAAAAAAAAAUUGAAUGGGUAGAUGAUAAAAGUAAAGGAGAAUAAUAAUUGUGUGUUUUAGAAAUUCCAAUUUUCGAAUAAUGUAACUUCAAUGUCUAUAAUAGUAAAUAAAUAGAAUCUUUUAAAUCAAUUAUAAAAGGUUCUAAUAAAAUCUUCUAAGUUAAAUUUUAAAGCUUAAAUAAUAUAAAUUUAGAGAGAAAUGAUUAAGCUUUAUAAAAUUAAACUUAGAGUGAUUAAUUUAUUAAUUUUACAAGAAAAAAAACUAACUUUAGAACGAAAAAAAUGGAAGAUUUUAAUUAAGAAAAGAAAAUUAUAAUGUAAAAAACGGAAUAAUAAUCUCAAUAAUAAUAGAAAUAAGAAUUUAAUAUACCAUAAACUAAAUAAUUAAUAAAUUUAAAAGAAGUGAAUAAAAUUUAAAGUAUUUUUUUUCAUUUUAAAUUAUGA